AUGUCAAAACUAAGUUAUAUUAGUCCAGAAGGAUUAAGAAUUGAUGGUAGAAGAUCAAAUGAAAUAAGAAGAUUAAAUAUGAGAAUGGGAGUAUUGAAUAGAGCAGACGGUAGUUCAUACUAUGAACAAGGUAAUACAAAGAUUACUGUAGCUAUAUAUGGUCCACACGAAUCGACGACACAGAAAUCAUUGUUUGACAGAGCUAGUAUAAAGUGCGAGUUUGCAAUGAGUUCAUUCUCGACGAGUGAGAGAAAGGUGAAAUCGAGGUUCGACAAGACUGCCUAUGAAACAUCUACACUCAUCAAACAGGCUUUCGAGUCGACAGUGCUCACACAUCUCUUUCCUCGUUCACAAAUCGAUAUAUACGUUCAAGUACUUCAAUCUGACGGUGGCUUGAAAUCGGCUGCCAUCAAUGCAGUGACACUCGCAAUGAUCGACGCUGGUAUUCCCAUGCGUGACUAUGUUUGUGCUUGUUCUGCGACAUUUAUAGAAGGAAGUGCAUUGAUGGAUCUCAAUCACAUGGAAGAGAGAUCGGGUGGUGCCGACCUUUUACUAUCGAUCCAUCCUCAGUUGGGUGGUGUCAUUUCAAUCAAUAUGGAAUCAAAGGUACCCCAAGAAAUGUUUGAAUCCGUACUAGACAUGGCUUUGGCUGGUUGUAAAAAAAUAUAUUAUCUCUUACAAGAACAAGUAAAGAAACAUAGUAAAGAUUUAAUGUCAAAUCAAUUGGUUGGUUAA